GGAACAGAUGCUUGGAAUGGUAUUGGGAUCCAAUUACUGCACUUUUCCAACCUUACAUCUAUUGUCUAAACUUGGAGCAGGCAUAUUUUUAUUCCUUGGUGACACUAUAUAAAGAGACAAUUGGCAUUGUGUUUGUUGGCUGACUGGUUGGCAGAGGAGGGGUGGAAGGAGCAGCAGCACCAUGGCUCCCAAAAAGGCAAAGAAGAAGAUAGAAGGUGGUUCCAAUGUUUUCUCUAUGUUUGAACAAACCCAGAUCCAGGAGUUCAAAGAGGCUUUUACCAUCAUGGAUCAGAACAGGGACGGCUUUAUUGACAAAGCAGAUUUGAGAGACACAUUUGCUGCACUAGGUCGUCUGAAUGUCAAGAAUGAAGAGCUUGAAGACAUGGUGAAGGAGGCGCCAGGUCCUAUUAACUUCACUGUCUUCCUUACUAUGUUUGGGGAAAAGCUGAAAGGCACGGACCCAGAAGAAACCAUUCUGAAUGCUUUUAAGAUUUUCGACCCAGAAGGAAAAGGCCGCAUAAAGGCAGACUACAUCAAAGAAAUGCUCAUGACACAGGCAGACCGGUUCAGUCAAGAAGAGAUCAACCAGAUGUUUGCUGCUUUCCCUCCAGAUGUCUCUGGGAACCUUGACUAUAAGAACCUCUGCUAUGUUAUCACCCAUGGUGAGGAGAAAGACUGAGAGCAAAGAGAGGAGGUUCUCCUGUGCUGAUGCACUCAGUUAUUUCAUGAAGCUCUCAUGAACAAACAUCCAGGAUGUGAAGCUGUGUGGUCAUUGGAAGAGAACUAAUAAAAUAAUUGAAAAUAGAUUAAA